AUGAAGAAGCGAAUCAUUCCAUUACCCUAUUUUCUGCUAAUUUUUUUUCCUCUACCUCCGAUGAUUAUCAAGUACAGACCGAGAUCAACGGCUUCAAUCCCUUAUUUACUUGCAGGUGAAUGUAGAAGAAGCGUCUCUACCUCGAUUUCAAAAUUCGCCUCUUUCACUACCGGAAUACGCCGAAGCUCCGGCAGAUUCUAUGGUCAAGGAUUCCAGAGCGGAAGGGGAGAGCAUACUUCAUCAUGUGAAGAUGACUUCUUAGAAUUAGGCCCACCAGUGCAAGAAACUGGUGGUAAACUGAAAUUGGCGACAGAGAAACCUGAAUUUCGUCUGAAAGUGAAUCCCGUACCAAAAGCAAAACCGAGCCAUUACUCUUCAGAAAAUACGCCCGGCAUUUGGAGUUCUGUUAUUAAAAAUUUCCAAGCCCCAAAGACCAAGCCUCGGGAUCAAAAGGAUACUUCUUCAUUAGCUGUUAAGCAGAACCAAGGCUCCAAAAGUGGCAAUCCUAUAACUAUCAAGGAGGAUAGAUCAAAGAAUAGUCGCGAUACUGUGAAUAAUAUAGCUUCAAAGUUUAGCCUUUCUGAUUGGGAUACAGCAUCAUCAGCUUCUGGGAAGGUGUCCUCUGCACACGUCCGGAGAUCACCUGAUAACCUUAAUUCUUGUGACACUCAGUUUAUGGUAAUAUGUCACUCUGUUACUUUAAUUUAA